AUAAAUAGAGUGGCUCCCUUUCAAGCUGAGUGGCAAACAAUAAAGUCUACAAUUCUCCUAAUCUUAAUUCUUCUUUCACUCUCUUGGCUCUUCUCCUCUCUUUUCCGUUUUCUUCUAUCUGGUUCUCUUCUUCUCCUUUAAUGUAUCACUGGUACUUUCAACUUCUUGGACUCAUCAUGGCGGAGGAAGUGCCAACAUCGUCCACCAGUAACAAAACACCAUCUAACGAUGACUUGCAGAUUGCCAUUCAAAAUCUUCCCUUGGAAAUUUGGACCAACUACCAAGACCACCUCGCGCUAGCCCAAUGCGUGGAUCAGGUUUCCGCUACCUUACUUGACGGAAGUCAACCUACCGCGCCCGACAACUGGGGUCUCUUGGGCAACAAUCCACCAUGGUUUUGUCGACCUCAACACGUACCUCAUGGGUUUCCUGCCCGUUUAACACCACCAAUACGAAGGGAGAUCCUUCUCAAGCGUCCAAUCACUUUGGGACAAGCUUUUUCCCUGGCCAGGGAGCUCGCGGCCAAUCAUAUUGAUAUGGUAGCAAUAGUCAUUGUGUUUGUUUGUUGAUCACAGUCAACCAAUACAUCCUCGGCCCGUUCUUCCAUCUCUGAAUGAGCUUCGGGGAGUACUCCUCAGGCCGCUUCGUUAGUGACACCAGGUACUUGAACAUUAGGGUUGACGACCUGUAACGCUUUAUAAAUUGGCCUAAUACUU